GACAAUUUACAUGGACCAUGUUAUUUUCAGGUUUGCUGUAAACUACCUUCGGUAGCUAUAAUGACACCAGCCCUCAGAGAGGCAGCAACAAAAAGUCAUGGUAUCCACUUGUCACCUUCUUUGUCCUCUAGAGCUAUGGAGUCUGAUACAGCUUUGUGCAUGGAAAAUCCCAGAGCAGUGGAAGAGAAGCUAAAAGAGGAUUCAGUCACACAGAUUACGUGCUCAGUCUUAGGGUUUCCCACCACUGAACCCAACUACAAUAAUGACAUCUUCAGUGUAAAGCAUUUUGGUUCUCCACAGUCUUCCAAACAUUAUCAGUCUGUCUUGCUAAUGAGCGCAAAUUCUGCAUUAAACAGCAUAAAUGGUAAGCAGUGGAAAUUGGGAGAACACACUUGCUCCAAGGUGAAAAAUCCAUUACAUAACAGUGUUGCCACAACGUGCAGCCAGAUUAGUAAUUCAGAAGCAGAAGAACAGGUGAAAGGGGAAACUUUUUCAGAGACCGUGACCCAGAGUUUUGAAAAAAUACAGAGACUGUUGGAUUCGAAUGUAACUGAAUCUGGUAACACAGAAGAAAUGCAGUUUCCAAACGGGAAAUGGUUCUGGAAGAAUGGUUUUUUGGGUAAAGCUUUAGCAAUACACACAGAGACAGAAAAAGGGCCUGAAGUGCACCAAGUUCUGCAUAAUCCUUUGGAAGCAGUUUUGGGCUGCUCUGCCACUGGUAAAGAAGAGGAGUUGAAUGCUCGUUUCCAUCAGUGUGUGAGUAAGCAGCAAGUUCUGUUCAGCCGGACCAAAAGAACUCAGAAACGGUUACAAAUGCUCCUGGCAAAACAUGUUGUCAAACACUGUGACCAGCAGCUGAAAUGCUUGGUGCAACUUCAGCUACAAAAAGUAAAGUUUUUUAAUGACUCAGCCAAAUUAAUGGAUGGUAUUUCCCUUGGAUGCACUGAAAAUAAGACACAAAACAGUACAGCUAACUUGGAGAAUAAUUCAAGUAACAACACACACAAUGGAUUUUGCGUUGGACCUGGUGAAGUCCGGGGGGUUGCACGCUCUACGUCAGGGCUGCUGUCUCGUGUGGAGAAAGAUCUGGAUUCUGAUGCAACUUGCAGCAGCAGCUCAGAUGAAGAUUGUGAUGAACAGACUGUCAAGAAGACGAUGGAAGCCAACUGUAGUUCUGAAUGGAAGUGGCUUGCAGACAGAGCUAGAGUUGGCUGCCGCUGGACUUGGCUUCAAGCCCAGAUUUCAGAGCUAGAAUACAAAAUCCAACAACUCACUGACCUUCACAGGCAGAUACGUGCCACCAAGGGGAUGGUGAUCUUAGAAGAAUGCCUGCAUCCAAAAGGCAUUUUGAAGAGGCAAACACAAUUGACAGACCAAGAAGCUUUAUUAAACACUGCAGGGAAUUCUCAAGCUGCUCUUAAGAGACAGGAUUCUUUGCCGGAACACGAUUUUGAAAUGUCACCCAGCAGUCCUACUCUGCUUUUACGAAACAUAGAAAAACAGAGUGCUCAGCUGAGUGAAAUCAUCAGUAGUCUAAUUGCGCCGCUCAAUCUAUCUCCCACAUCUUCGCCUCUGUCUUCGAAAUCUGGUAAACACAAACAGCUGGUCAAUGGCAUUUCUUUCAGAGCUUCAGACAACAGGGAGGAAAUAUCCUCUAGUGCCUGGAUACUUGAUCAGCAACACAUUAAAAAAAGAAGAAAAGAAAGGACAAGGCUGAGAUCUCCAUCUGUAACUAUUGCAAGCAUGUGUGCCCGAACAAGGCCACUUCAGAGAUUCCAGAAGAGGAAAUUAUACAGAAUGAACAAAGGUUGUUGUUGGAAUUCACAGGCUUUGCUGUCAAAAGAUGCCUCAUUUCUAUAUAAUACACAGCUACCUUGCAUGGCACCAGCCUCUACCUGGAGCAGUUAUGAGCAGAGUAUGAAAUCCAGAAUACUAAAACAUAUGCCAGAACUGGACUCUUCUUUCCAUCCUGUGUUAUCAUUCCCCUCAGAUAUCCCUCUUCAUAUGUAUUUUGAAACAUUGUUAAAAAAGGACGAGAUCAGAGCAGAUCCAGUAGACACUUCAGCAUUAGGGGUGGAAUUUCAAACAUCUCCUUCUAGUGACUGUAAUCAACGGAAUGCUUCUCUGAGACAAUGGAGCAGUGGAUAUUUACCAAAUUCUAAACCUCAAGCAGUAUUGGGAACAUCUGACCAGGUGUCAGAUGGAAGGAAAAAAAGGCAUCUAAGUGAGACAGCAAUAGGAGAAAGUAACAGUAGGUUUGAAGCAUUUUCCUUUCAGCAUACAGGACCAGAAUCCCUUAACAGUUUUACUGCAGUGUCCAAUGUCAAUGUGCUAUCUAGAUCCACUCCAUCACAGCACAAUGCGAGACGGAGAUUGAGAAGUGAGAGCUCGUAUGAUAUAGACAACAUUGUUAUUCCUAUGUCACUGGUCGCACCUUCUAAAUUGGAGAAGCUGCAGUACAAAGAAAUCCUUACUCCAAGUUGGAGAGUUGUUGACCUUCAACCUUUGGAACAGCCUCCCAUAUGUAAAGAAGAGAUGGAAGACCUCUCAGAUGAAGCUUUUACUUCACGUCACGCACAAUAUGAAGAGAGAGAGAAAACAAGAUGGUCAUUGUGGGAGCAGAGCCGCUGGCCUAGACGGAAUAGCAGAUCUUACAGCAAAAAUGCUGAUGGACGUCAUGGACAAGAUCCAAUACAGAAAGAAAACCAUGGCAACUCCUGUGCUUCUCUGCACUAUUUUGCUGAAGCUACCCCUGAGCUUAUAUCAGAAACUCGCAGUUCUGUGUGCUUAGCGCUCCCACAAACUUCAACAGAAAACCAAGAAGCAAAGUCUGAGCUGUGGGAACUUCGGGUUUUUCCAUUAAAGGAUGAAGAAAUAGAAACCUUACUAUGCCAAGAUCAAAUAACAAAUCAGACCGAAAGUUCAAGUGCAGCUUUCCACAACAAUUCUUUCUGUACUUCGUGUACUCCCUUCGGUUUGUCAAACAAUGGCCAUCCACUGCAAAAACAAUCUUCAGAAGAGCUGGAAGACUGUGCUAAUGUUUGCCUGGGAAUCAACAGUAUGAGAAAACACAGGUGACAGGGAGUAAUGUGGUUCACUAAGAAAGCCAGUUAAGGUGGAGAAAAGUGUAAGGUAAACUUUCUUGUUCACACCACAAAUAACAGCACAAUUCAAAUCCUGUAUGUCAGAAGCAUAUAAUAUAUUUUCUUUCUUGCUUUGUAACAGGCAGGAAUAAUCCCAAAGGCAACACUUUCUUCUUCCUGAACCACAAGAGAAACUAAUUAUUUCAACUUGGAAGUCUAAUAUUCCCAGUGUCGGGACUGGGUACAUCUAAAUUGCUGACACCAUUCACUGCUUUCUUUUGUUAUAGUACCACAUUCUUUAAUAUCCAUCCACUUUUUAUCCAAAUUUUCUUUGGUCUUGAAGGAUUAAGGGAACAAUUUCAACUGAACACAGAAAAACUACUUGAAAAGACAGCAAGGCGGAAGGGGAACUUAAAUAUUUUUUCAGCUGUGGGAAAUACCUGCCCUAUUUGAAAGGGUCAUCUGUAAUACUUGGAUAUUUGGGAACCUAAACCCUUAUAUUUAACUUUAAAUGUAUUACUUUCGCAGUUCCAGUCAAAGUUGUGGCAAGUUUCAUGCAGAAAUUCUCAAAGGCUAAUACAAAAAUACAUGAGAAUAUUUCAGUACUUCAUUUAUCUUUCAAAAUGUAGGCAGCUUUCAUUUCAGUCCCUUGGAGGAACCUAGUAGAGGGUGACGAAAGAGAAGUGAAAUAUCACUGGUGCAUCUUUUAAAUGUUAUUCUGGAUCACCAGGUGCUUGGAGACCUAACUCCUACAACAGCCAGUGUAUUCUAUAGAACUGUAUUAAAGAGAAAUACACUUGUUCCAGUUUCCAUGCAGUGCCUUACAAGGGUCUGGCAUGUGUGCAAAAGCAGGUUUACUAAUCAGAAAAGAAAUGAUUAUUAAUAAAGUUAACUAUCAGGAAAACAAUAACCCCCCUCCACUCCCUCCCUCCAGCUUUUCGUGGUGAUAUAUACUGGUUUUUAAAUGCCUGGUCAAUUCACUUUUAAAACAAAAGCAAGCUGUUUUAACAGAUAUUCUAGAUUACAGUGUUUAAACUCCACUGUCAAUUGAUGCUAACACAAGAUGAACCACAGAAGAAUUGAUUACACAGUGGUAUUUUUGUAGCAGAAUAAAUAAAUACCAAUUGAUACCAGCAGAACGUAGGGCUAAACGCUGUCAAUAAGAAGUUUUUCUGUGUAGAACAGUUGAAGGCAAUUAUCUAGGUGUCUCUGUCCUUGUGCAAAUUGUCCUUAGUGUGUCAUAUCCAGAACUAAAUUGGCACUGGACAGAUGACCCAGUUUCAGUGUCAACGUGUUGGUCAAAAUAACAGGAAAUAUACACUGGAUAUUAGGAAGAAAAGAUUCAGAAUAUUUAAGCACUACAACUUAUGGCAGAUUGUAGCUUAUUGCACAUUCCGAUUU